GGGCUGGGCUACAAUCAUACGCCGAUCGCCUGGUACCGGAGUCUGCCGCUGAUAGUACUGGAAUUACUAAUCCAAUUUUUAACUUGAUUUCGUCUCAAAUACACACGCACGCGGGAGGAGAGAAAGGUACACCCCACCAGUUUACACUCAAGAGAUCUGCUGGAAUUCAGGGAGAUCUGACACGACUAUUCCCACAGUGGGAAUACUGCGGAUCUCUGAUUAUUAGUACUGAUGGAGGAGUGCACUGCACAUUGGAAACACAUGAAGAAGCAGUUUUAAAGGACUUUAACUUUUCAUAGGGGCUGCUUUAGCACUUUUACAUUGUGUGUUUACGAUUCUGAGAUCCUACAAGUUCUGUACAUUACGUAUUUUAAACCUUUUGACCGGGAUACAGCUGCUAGCAGAAUAAUUCAGCCUGUAGUAAUCGCACGAGUUUUGUGUUCGGCGACUGCAGUCUUGCGGAAAACCUGGGACUAAGAAUCAGCGGGAAGCAUAUGUAUCUAAUGGACUUAAUGGAUUUAUUAAAAAAAGUAACACAAGGGGUAUAAUUUAAAUAUGGAACCUGCAAAAGGACUGUAAGCGUGCAUCAAGUGGAACUGCAGGUAUGCGAUUAGAAAAUCGGAGGUUUCUCAGUGUCAGGAUGGAAUUUUUACAGAUUGCCCUUCUCGUUUUGGAGAUAAUUGCAUUCACAGACUGCGCCAGGGGUCCGCCGAGAAUUGCAGACAAGGUAAUCCAUCGCCAGACGGUAAGAAUUGGCCGAACCAUGAAGUUGCUGUGCCCAGUUGAAGGAGACCCCCCGCCACUCACCAUGUGGACCAAAGACGGGCGCACCAUCCACAGCGGCUGGACGAGGUUCCGUGUGCUGCGGCAGGGGCUCAAGAUCAAGGAGGUGGAGGUGGAAGAUGCCGGGACCUACAUCUGUAAGGCUACCAACGGCUUCGGCAGCAUCAACAUCAACUAUACGCUCAUCGUGAUUGAUGACUCAAGCUCAGGAAAGGAUGGUCCCGGGAUCCCAGAAGGGGGUGACGCAGAGUAUACAAAUGAGGACAUGUCAGGGAAACAAUGGGUGCGCCCGAGGUUCACUCAGCCUGCAAAGAUGCGGCGGAGGGUGAUUGCACGGCCCGUGGGGAGCUCGAUCCGACUGAAGUGUGCGGCAAGCGGGAACCCGCGGCCUGAAAUUGCCUGGCUGAAGGACAGCAAGCCGCUGACAGCCCAGGAGGUCGGGGAGAGCCGCAAGAAGAAGUGGACACUGAGCCUCAAGAACCUGGAACCCGAGGACAGCGGCAAGUACACCUGCCGAGUCUUCAACCGCGCCGGGGAGAUCAACGCCACCUACAAGGUGGAAGUCAUUCAGCGCACAAGGUCCAAACCCAUCCUGACUGGCACCCACCCUGUGAACACGACUGUGGACUAUGGCGGGACCACCUCGUUCCAGUGCAAGGUCCGCAGCGACGUCAAGCCCGUCAUCCAGUGGCUGAAGCGCGUGGAGUAUGGCAACGAGAACAAGUACAACUCCACCAUCGACGUGGGCGAAUACAAGUUUGUGGUGCUGCCCACAGGGGAGGUGUGGUCUCGCCCUGACGGCUCUUAUUUGAACAAGUUGAUGAUAACCCGGGCCAAAGAGGAGGAUGCCGGGAUGUACAUCUGUCUGGGAGCCAACACUAUGGGCUACAGCUUCCGGAGCGCCUUCCUUACUGUCCUGCCAGACCCAAAGCCGCACAUUCCACCUGUGGUGGCCUCCCCGUCCAGCAGCCUUCCCUGGCCUGUCAUCAUCGGGAUCCCUGCGGGGGCCGUUUUUAUCUUCGGGACGAUCCUGCUCUGGCUCUGCCAGACCAAGAAGAAGCCCUGCUCUUCCCCAUCCUCAGCAGCUGCAGUGGCAGCUCAGUCCAUCCACCGCCAGCCUCCCCCUAGAGAGCGUAUCUGCCUGCCGCAGGUGCCCGACAAAGACUGUGGGAGCUCCAUGAACUACGAGGAGUAUUUAGCUCAGCAGCAGCAUCUGCUAACCCAAGGGCCUACCCUAGCCCCGACCACGGCUCCUAAAAUGUACCCAAAGAUUUAUACGGACAUCCACACGCACACUCAUCAACAUGUGGACGGGAAGAUUCACCAACACCAGCACAUUCAUUAUCAGUGUUAGGCGAUGCUUCUCAAAAAAAAAAGGCCUUAACUGCAUCCCUCCACCCCC